CUCUCUUUACUAUUUUCGUGCACAUAAACCCCUGAGCUUCAAAAACCCUAACAUUUCAAUUUAAACCAUCAUAGCCACCCAGAGCAGAGCAAUUGGGAGAAUAGUCAACAAUUUUGAAAGAAAAAUGACCCAAAAGAGCAAUCUUUUCAAAGGUCAACAAAAGAAGAAGUCAAUUCCUCCCAAUCGCCAUGGCAAAGCCACUCAAACUCGUAAAGGGAAGAGAGUCGUGAAGCCCUCAAAGGUCACGAAGGAUAUGGAUACUGAUCGGGAACUGACCAAGUUCAUAAAUUAUUGCAAUGAGGCAAAAGCAGCUACUGUUGCCAACAAGGAAGGUGGCCAACUAAGCAUAGUCAAACCACAACCAGAGUCAUCUAGUGGUGCAAAGUAGGAAACAACAGCCUGCUGCAUUAGUCACGAUCAAGUCAUUGAAUUAACACAAUUUUGAUUGUCAUUUUAUAGGAACAGAAUAGGUGUGGUUUAUUCCCUUUUUCUUAUUGUGUAGCUUUUUUAUUUCCUGAGUUGAUUCUAGGGCUGGAUUGAGAGUUGUUUGUUGUUGUUCUGCAUGCAACUUCUUGCAUUUUUGGCUACUAUAAAGUGUAAAUUUCUAUGUAUUCAUGUUGCCACAUCUGUUCUUGUUAGCUGAUCAACGGGACCAAGUGUAGCUCCUAAUUGUCUCUAAUUUACUCUUGUAAGUGCCUGAGUUUCUUGGUUUUGUAACUCUGAAUAGCUUUGCAGACAAUAGAUCAAGCUCGUUGGUUAAAUGACUAAAAGUUUUCAGUUCUACA